AUGAGAAUUUAUUUUAAACAAAGCGUUUUACUUGUUAUCUGUUUGAUUUGUACUCUUAUUGGUAUAUAUUCAUGGCGUUGGUGGCAAGAAUAUAAAUUAAUAAUUAAUCAUUUUACUCAUCCAACACCAAAAACUAACUUAAAUGAUUUAGAACAAGCUAUUUUAUUGGAUAGCAGAUUGAUAUCCAAAUGUCAGCAUUUUGCACAAGGCAAACAAUCACUUGUCGUUGAUAGUAAAGGUUAUGUCUGUGAACGUCGUCAUUUAGAAAAAAUAGACGGGUGUUGUCAAACAACAUCAUCAUCUAUUCUUGGUCCAUAUAUCUGUGAUACUUGCUCAUCGACAACUCAUUGUUGUAGUUCAUUUGAACAUUGUAUAUCGUGUUGUCUUAAACCUGAUCAUCGUAUUCAUCUUCAAAAUUAUAUUCGUUCUCGUGAUUUAAAAACUAAAUUACUUCUUUCACAUUUAUCUACAUCAUUUGACGUUUGUGUAUCACGAUGUCGAACGCAUAAUGAAAAAGAAAUAGUAGAUAAUCCUCAAUAUUCACCAUUUAAUAUACAAUGGCUUGAUACUAGUUAUCAACAAACAUGUUUACCUGAUAGUCCAUGGCAACAAGUUCUUAAUGAUUUGGAACCAGUCUUAUUUAAUAGAAUACAUCAACAAUUUAAUAAUUCUCAACGUCGACAAAUACUUAUCGAAUUACUUGGUAGUCAAUUUCAACAGAAAUUCUUUGUAAAUGAACCUGAUAAUCCACAUAUACUAAUGCCACCUAAUAUGCUCAAAGAAGAUCGACUCAAACUUGAAAAUGAAGCAAAAUCAUGGUUACAAAUACAAACACUUAAAGCAGCAACUGAAAUAGACGCAGCUAUGAAAGAAAAUGAUCAUCAUACUAAUCACUUAUCAAAUGAUAUGAAAAAUUUUCUUACAUAUACAAAUCAAACUGUAUCGACAUCAUUUGAACGUUAUUUAAAUCAAUUACAACAAAAACAGGAAGAACAAAAAUUACAAGAAUUAAAUAAAAUAAAACGUCAGAAAGAAUUAACUGGAAGUUCAAAACUUCGUUCUAUUCUUCCAGAUUCACGAAUGCACUCAAGAAAAUUAUCUGUGAUUAACAAAUCGCCAUCAUUUUCAUAUUCGACGACAUCUCAAUAUAGUGAUGUAAUAUCAAAUUCGAUUGUUGCAUUACUUAAACAUGAUUUACGUCGUAUAACAUUUAUAAAAGAGAAAUUAUUUGGUCAACAAUUACCAAUUGCACUUCGAGAAAUUAGUUGGACGGAAUAUUUACUUCGAUCUGAAAAGAAAUCAUUUAAUUAUAAUCUUAAUUCUAUUGAACAUCAAAUAAGACGAGAUUUUGCUGCUGGAAUAACACGUGGUAAAAAUGAACUUAAAUUAAUGGAUCCAUUAAAUACUCCAAUGAAAAACUUAAUUGAAAAUGAUGUUAUUGAUACAUAUAGUAAAACUUAUGCUCUUCAAUCAUAUCUUAAAAAAUAUCAUCUACGAUUGACAAUCAAAACCUUAAAUGUUCUUUAUACUUACAGAAAAGAUUAUGAAACUUAUUUUAUAUAUUGGUUAUUACCAUUUCAGUUAUCAUUUAUGGAUGAAAUACAUAAAGAUGAAGAAAUUUAUGUAAGUGCAAUGUAUCUUGAUUUAUUUAUUCGUCAUUGUUUUCCUACAUGGUCAAAUAUAUUUACAAUUGCAAGUAAAAUAAUGAGUGAUAUAGCAAUUCAUGAUCAGGAAUUUUAUAAUCAUAUUAAAAAAACAUCGAAAAUCGAUGUAAAGAUUAAUACAAAAGAUUUUGUUACAGAAAUUAUAUCAUUGGAAAAUGAACAAAGUGAAAAUGUCAAACAAUAUAAUAAUGAAAUAAUGACCGAUCCAGUUAUAUUCCUUCGAAAAUGGAUCUGUGAAAUGUUUGUGGGUAUACUAAAUUCUAAUGCUGUACUUUAUUUAUGGGAUCAAUUCUUUAUGAUUAAAUGGAAUACAACCUAUAUUGAACAUGCUGCAAAAGCAAUACUUUAUUUACUACGUGAUAAGUUUCUGUGUACAACAGAUUAUGAAGAAAUCCGACAAGUUUUUCUCGAAGAACCUUAUCUAUUGUAUACAUCAGAUAUACAAACAGCUUUUGUUCAUCUUGCAUUAAAACAUGAUAAUCCUAAAUACAUUCCGGCUAUGAAUCAACGUGUACAUUCAUUAAAACCAAUGGAUAAUAUUCAGUAUAUUUCGAAUAAACAUAAAACAUAUGUCGGACAAAUUGGUAUAAAAAAUAUUUCAUUAAAUUUAAUUUCACCUGUGACGAAAGAUCCUCGAGAAGAAUUUCAGUAUAAAUCAUUAGUUGUAGAAAUUCAAGCACAUGGAGGUGGAGAAAAUUUAGGAAGUAUUUCAACACAAUCAGUACCUGUAAUUCGAAAAGAACAGACAACAUAUGGUCAGCAGAAAAUUACGAUCGAUUUACUAGACGAUAAAUUAAUUCUAUUAAUUAAACAAACACGCCAGUCUUUUAUUUCUGCACGUAUACAAGCGCUUGUCGUUGUUCAGCAACAGUUAGACGCAAAUACAUUGAAAAUUCUCGGUCAUUGUCGUUUUCCACUAUAUAUUCCACAAAAAAUUGGUAAUCUCGAUACAUGGGAUGUAACAUUUGGACUUGUAGAACGUGCACUACAUUCCGGCAUACCACCAACUUCGAUUGAUAUGAUACCUGAUAUACCUAAACCAGUUGAAUCAGAUAAAAUUGAUUCAAGUUCAAUCAUUUCUCUUGUGAUAUUCGAUCCAAAAGCUGAACAACAUUUUGCUCAUCUUUUUAUAUAUAAUUAUCGUGGUUAUUAUCAAAAGACUAAACGUAUUCUAGUCAUUUUUUUACCAGUUUUUACAGUAGCUACAUUUAUUAUUUAUAUUAUUUAUAUGUUUAAUAUAAAUUAUCGUACAAUGAAUUUAUUCACAAUAAAUAUGAUGAACAAUGAUCGACAUCAAAGUUUAUUAUCAAAUACAUUACGAUAUCAUAAAUGUUGUCGUAUACAAGAAGAAAUUUUAUUUGAUUCACAGAAUGAACGGGAAUAUUUUCGUUUAUUUCCUCAUUGUCAAAAAUCAAUUGAAGAAAAUGAAAAACUAAAAGAUCAUUGGGAUAAUAUAACAACAUGUGGAACAUUAUUUAAAUCGAUCGUAUUUUAUACUAGAUUUAUUUUAAUAAUUGAUUUAAUAUUGAACUUUAGUAUUAUGACUGUGAGCUUAAUUCAUAUAUGGGAAGAAACUGAUGAAUGGGUUAAUGAUAAUCAAUGUACACUAACAAUAACAGAUAAUAUUAAUUAUAAAGCAAAAUAA